CUUUGCCAAAGCACAGAGCUGCAGAUUACAUUUAGACCAAUGAUUUUAGGUGGACGGAUGGCUCCUACAGAAGCCCUCCUUCUCACAGUUGGCAGGCCCAUUCAGUAAACUCAAAAUGGACAAAGAGUUAGACCAAAGUGUCAGCGGAGAGGACGGAAAGAUGAAGAGCAUAAAAAGAAUCAGUCCACCUGUGGAAAGACAAUGUUGUCCAUGUCCUUCAGAAAAAUGGCCUGAUCCAGAUCUGGUGGACAUCAUUAACAGAGACUUACCACAAAGACAGGGAGCAGGUGGUUUCAGAGCAGCAGCCAUGGAAAACAAUCCAACCAUCGGGAGUGUGAAAAAGAACCUAAAAGCACAUCUGAGGGAAAAGUUUACGUGCAUUUAUGAGGGCACCUCAGCCACUCAGUCACAACUGGAAGAUAUCUUUACGAGACUCUUCAUCACACAACAAAAUGAGGAUUAUGGUUGCCGAUCACAUGAGAUUCUGGAUCAGUUCAAAGUCCCAAAUGAGGGAGCACAAGCUUCUCAGUACAAAGAGAUCGACAGCCUGAAUAUCUUCAAACAAGGAAGAAAUUUCUUCCAACAACAACCUCCGACUCAUAAAUCCAUCCAGAGGGUGAUGACUAAAGGCAUAGCUGGCAUUGGAAAGACUGUUGUGGUCCAAAACUUCUCCCUACAUUGGGCACAGGGGAAAUCCAACCAGCACAUUGACUUCAUCUUCGUACUUCCCUUUAGAGAGCUGAACAUGCUCAAAGAGGGUGAAUACACACUGCUGGAACUUCUUCUUCACUUCUACCCUGAGCUGAGGCCACUUAAAGAUGCACAGAAACUCCCUCAAAAGCAAGUGCUGUGCAUUUUGGAUGGCUUAGAUGAAAGUAGAUUUUCCCUGGACUUUGAAGGAGCCAUGACAAUAACUAACCCUGACCAGCAUGCAACGGUGAAUGUGCUGCUGACAAAUCUCUUAAAAGGAAACCUCCUGCCCGAUGCUCUGCUCUGGAUUACUGCUCGUCCUGCAGCUGCUGGUCAGAUUCCCUCUAAGUACAUUGAUCAAAUGACAGAAGUCCAAGGGUUUACUGAGCAACACAAGGAGGAAUACUUCAAGAAGAGAUUCAACUCUGCUGGUCAAGCCAAGGAAGUCCUAGACCAUCUCCGAGGGAUGAUCAGCUUCUACUUCAUGGGUCACAUCCCAAUCUUCUGUUGGAUUAUAGCUGAAGUCUUCAAGACAGGAUGGAGUGAUCAGAGGAGUCGAAGGAUCACAACAAUGACAGAGUUGUACAUUUAUUAUUUGAUCAUUCAAACCCAAAGAACAGCACAGAAGUAUGGACAGAAGGCUCAAAAGAAGAAGUUGACAAAGGAUGCAGCCAUGAUUUUAAAUCUGUCCAAGCUGGCGUUUGAGCAGCUGCAGAAAGGAAACAUCAUAUUCUAUGAAGAGGACCUCCAAGAGUGUGGCAUUGACCUUGACAAAGCCUCUGAGUUUUGUGGAUUUUGCUCAGAAAUCCUGAAGCAAGAACGCGGCCUGUACGAGACAAAGAUGUUCAGCUUUGUGCAUUUAAGCUUCCAGGAGUUUCUUGCUGCACUUUUUGUGUUCCACUGCUGUGUGACGAAGGAUGUCAGCCCCCUUAAGUCUUUCCUACAGGUAGAUCCUACAGAGCUGGGAUUGCUCGAGUUGCAGAAGAGAGUUGUGGACAAAGCCUUGAAGAGUGAGAAGGGUCAGUUGGACCUGUUCCUGUGCUUCUUCCUAGGAUUCUCAUUGGAGUCCAAUCAGAAGAUGCUGCAAGAUUUACUACCACAGACAAAGAGCAGCUCAGAGACUGUUGAAGAGGUGAAGAAGUACCUGCAAAAUUUUCAUGCAGGAAACCUCCCACAAGAAAGGUGCAUGAAUCUGCUCCUCUGCAAGUUUGAGCUCAAAGAGGAGAGGUUUCAGGAUGACAUCAGGAGGUAUCUGGAUGCAGGAGCAAGACUCUCACCCAUUGACUGUGCUGUGCUGUCCACCAUGCUGCAGAUAUCUGGGGAGCUGGUUGAGGAGCUGGAUCUCUCAAAAUGUGAUACACCAAUCUAUGGAAUUGAGAAACUCCUCGGGGUAAUGGCAAAGUGUAAGAGAGCUGUACUCAAGCGUGAUCAACUGGAAUCUGAGUGCCUACAGAUUCUACUUUCCGUCCUUCUGUCAUCAGAUUCGUGCUUAGGAGAACUUCACCUGGUGUGCUUUUCUAACUCCAACAUUCCUCUUCAGCACGCUCUCCUGGAGGUUCUGGAGAAACCUGACUGCAAACUGGAGAUACUGAGAUUGUCUGGGUUCACUCUAGAUUUUAGACACUGUCACAUCCUAGCCUCCACCCUUCAAUCAAAGCAAACAUCACUGAGAGCCUUGGACCUGACUGACUGCAUAUACAGUUAUAAACAGGAUCAUAGUGGACACUACUUCAAAGAAGUGGAAGAAAAGAAAAAAUAUGAAGAUUUUAUCGAUGAGUUAACCCUGCUGACUUCCAUUCCUGCUGGCCUGAUCGGUCCUGUCUGUAAACUGAGGGAGUUCAGCAUGCCUGGUUGUCACCUGACAAAUAAAUGCUGCCAAGUGUUUGCCUCAGUUCUCAGCUCAAACUCCCAGCUGCGAGAACUCGACCUCAGCAGGAACGACCUGCAGGAUUUAGGAGUGCAGCUGCUCUCUACAGGGCUGGGGAGUUUGAAAUGUAGGCUGGAGAUACUGAGGCUGUCAUGUUGUGGGAUCACAGAGGAAGGCUGUGCCUCUCUGGCCUCGGCUUUGAAGUCCAACCCCUCCCACCUGAGAGAGCUGGACCUCAGCUACAACCACCCAGGAGAGGCAGGGGUGAGGCUGCUCUCUGAGAGACUGGAGGACCCAGAAUGUCGACUGCAAAAACUCAACCUCAACCACGAUGAAGAGCUCUGGGUCAACCUGCAGCUUCUGAACAAGUAUGCCUGUAAUCUAACUCUCGACUCCAACACGGUGCAUGAAAACCUCCUCCUAUCUGACUGCAAAAAGAAAGUUGACUUUACUAAAGAGAAGCAGCCGUACCCUGAUCACCCAGACAGGUUUGACAAAAUAACUCAGGCGCUGUGUGAGGAGGGUCUGACUGGACGCUGCUACUGGGAGGUGGAGUGGGAGGGAGUCAUCAGCGUCGGUGUGGCAUAUAAGAGCAUAGAGAGAAAAGGACACAUGAAUCCAGAUAUUUUAUCAAGUGAAAAGGCCUGGUCAUGUGCUUUGAUGAGUUGGGAUGGUUAUUCUUUCUUUCACGGGCAACAACAGUGGUUCAUUCCUGUCCCACUCAUUGAUGUAAAAUCUUUCCUGGCCAGAAAAAGGAAGAGACUUGGACUUUUCCUGGACUGGCCUGCUGGGACUCUGUCUUUUUAUUCACUGUCUGGAGACAAGAAGACUCAUCUUCAUACAUUCAACGCCACUUUCAUGGAGCCUCUCUAUCCAGCGUUCGCUGUUCUUGGUGGAUGCUCUUUGACCAUUUCUAGCACAGGGAUGCCAGCGAUAAGUAAUGCCAAGUCAAGCUUCACACCUGAAGUGGUAACAGAGAGACUCGGCAUUUCCUACAGAUUCAAGUUCCCCUGUUCAGGUGUGUUUGAGUGUUCUCUGACGGGGCUGAUGUUCAAUGUGACCCAUGAGGGGGAGGUCAAAUACAAGACCCUGAUCUGGAACAAUGCGCUCCUUGAGCCAGCUGGAAAGGUGCCUGGAGGACCACUGUUCAGCAUCAAGUGUCCUCAAGACCUGAUCUGUCAGCUGCACCUUCCUCACUGUGAACCUGAACCUGGUCUGGUCUCGGAGAGUCUCUCUGUCGUCCACAUCACUGAUGAGGGUAUGAGCAUCAUUCAGCCGCUGGAGAUUACUGAAACUCACGUGGUGGUGAAAACCCCUCACCUCUCUGCCUUUGGCAUCAUACUGGAUGUCAUCAAGAGGUUUAAGGAAUUCAUGACCCAACCAGUGUGCGGCCAAGUCCUGCUGUUCUCUCGAAAAGCAUACAAAAGAAUGCACGUCAUCCUGAGCGUGAUUCUGCUACCAAGCAACGUCCCACUGCAGGAGGUAAAAGCACAGUAUGAAAACUCCAUGUACAUCCAGGCCCCAUCCUACUGUCACCUCCAUGUCAGCCAACACUACAGCCUGCACAGUAACCCUGAGGGCUUCACCAUUCAGCCUCCUUGUGCGCUGUUUUUUGAAAACUAUGGACCUAACUUCCACGCAUCGUUUGAGAUCACUUUGACGACGAGCACUGAAAAAGUGACCCUGAUGGUGCAAGAUCCCAACAAGACCCCAGCGUGGAUGUAUGGCCUCCAUCUGCCAGCUUCAUCAGCAGAUACUUCUCCAGAUGAAAGUCAGCCGAUGAUGAGGAGCAGUGCGUCAGCAGAGGAGAAGCUACAUCGCGCUCUGUCUCACUUCAUCGACAGAGCAUCUGAUGCGGUUCUCAACAAGCUGCUGGAUGAACUUCUGCGGUGCAAAGUUCUGAACGACGCUGAGGGCGAGGUGGCCAGAACCAAACCACGAGCAGACAAAGCUCGAGACGUGAUCGACAUGGUGCGAAAGAAGGGAGCUGAGGCGAGCGUGAAGCUGAUCGCCAUCUUUUCUAGUAACGACCCUUUUCUUUGCAAAGAACUGAACUUAACCUGAAGCCGUAACCUGAAGGAGUGCAAAGUUCUGUUGAAGCACAAGUUUCCCUCCAGUUUUCCAUUGAUGGUUUUAUCAUUUCCUCGCCAAGCUGUCACAUUGUUUCAGCAGCAAACAAGCUGCUGCCUAAAUCUGAAGUACCUACCUAAAGUAGAAUUUUACUCUGUAUCUCCGAUAACAUGGGAAAAAAACACACUCAUAGAAGAGUCCUGGUUGUGCCAAACUUAUUAACCUUCAGUGCA